GGCCUCAGAUAGUCAGAUCCACACCGGCCCGCCGCUGGGCAUCCUCAUUGCGUGAACGCGAAGGUGAAGACGGGCGCGGUGUGGUGGAGAAGAUGGCGCAGCCGUCCUCCUCUCGACGUCAGAGAAGCGGCCGCAACAGAUCGAUUCCCGGCGUUGCAGGAAGAGGCGACGACGGCGCCGCAGCGGCAGGGGAGGACGGCAGGCGAGAGGAGGGUGGGGUGGAGGCGACGGCGCAGCGUGCUGCGUGAGGGAGGGAGGGCCGCCGGUCGCCGGCUGCCAGACCGAAUCCUACGAGUCGACGGGAUUGAGCAUACUUUUUGGCAACGUAUCCUGUGCUUAAAGGGUACGCAUAUUUUAAACCUGGGACAUUUAUAUCGCAUCCAACGGUAGCAGCUGUGAGCGGAAUUAGAGUCGGGCAUUUCGUUCCGCUUCGCCGCGGCCGCCGCCUCCGCCUCCGUGUCGCCGCCGCCCCGCAGAACCCUAAAGGCCGCCGCCACCAUGCGCCGCCUCCCGCCCCUCCCCCGGCCCGCGGCCGCCGUCGCCUCGACAUCCACCCCGGACAUCGUCGCGGAGCUCGGCCGCGUCCUCUCCACGCGCCGCUGGAACAAGGGCAGCGCCUACAAGCGGCUGUCCCCCUCCGUGACGGCCGCGCACGUGGCCGACCUCUUCCGCGCCCCGGUGUCCCCUCUCGACCCGGCCACCGCUCUGGCCUUCUUCGAGUGUGUCGCGCGCCGCCCCGGGUUCCGCCACACCGCCGCCUCCCACGCCGCGCUGCUCCAGCUCCUCGCCCGCCGCCGCGCGCCCGCCAACUACGACAAGCUCGUCCUCUCCAUGAUUAGCUGCUCCGGCACCGCAGAGGACGUGCGCGAGGCCGUCGACGCAAUUCAGGCAAUCCGUCGAGUGGGUGGUAAGCGACUCGUGCUGUCCCCAAAGUGCUACAACUUGGCGCUCAGGUCGCUGCUGCGAUUCGACAUGACGGAGUAUAUGGGGAAGCUGUACUCGCACCUCGUGCAGGAGGGAUUGUUGCCAGACACGGUGACUUACAACACUAUGAUCAUGGCAUACUGCAAGAAGGGCAGUCUCGCCAUAGCACACCGGUAUUUCUGCUUGUUGAGGGAGUCUGGGAUGCAGAUGGAUACAUACACAUGUAAUGCACUGUUGCUGGGGUACUGCCGAACAAGUGACUUGAGAAAGGCUUGCUGGCUACUCAUGAUGAUGCCGCUGAUGGGUUGCAGGAGGAACGAGUACUCCUACACCAUUUUGAUUCAGGGGCUCUGUGAAGCACGGUGUGUAAGGGAGGCACUUGUGCUUGUGUUCAUGAUGGUACACGAUGGGUGCUCCCUGAAUCUGCACACGUAUACACUCUUGAUAAAAGGUCUUUGUAAGGAGGGCAGGAUUCAUGAUGCCAGGGGGUUGCUUGAUGAAAUGCCUUUGAGAGGGGUGGUACCAAGUGUUUGGACUUAUAAUGCAAUGAUUGAUGGGUAUUGUAAGUCAGGAAGGAUGAAGGAUGCAUUGGGGAUUAAAGCACUGAUGGAACAAAAUGGGUGUAAUCCAGAUGACUGGACAUACAACAGUCUGAUUUAUGGCCUAUGUGGUGGGAAGCUAGACGAAGCCGAAGAAUUGCUGAAUGGCGCUAUUGCAAGGGGCUUCACACCUACAGUUAUCACAUUCACUAACCUGAUUAAUGGGUAUUGCAAGGCUGAAAGGAUUGAUGAUGCACUCAGGGUAAAGAGUAAUAUGAUAUCAAGCAAUUGCAAGCUUGAUUUACAGGCAUAUGGAGUGUUGAUUAAUGUCCUCAUCAAGAAGUGUAGAUUAAAAGAGGCUAAAGAGACGCUGAAUGAGAUGUUUGCAAAUGGUUUAGCUCCUAAUGUUGUCACUUACACUUCUAUAAUUGAUGGGUAUUGCAAGGUUGGGAUGGUUGGUGCUGCACUAGAGGUCUUCAAAUUGAUGGAACAUGAAGGCUGCCAUCCAAAUGCCUGGACUUAUGGUUCUUUGAUAUAUGGGUUAAUUCAGGAUAAAAAGCUUCAUAAGGCAAUGGCUUUAAUAACUAAAAUGCAAGAGGAUGGGAUAACUCCUGGUGUUAUCACUUAUACUACUCUGAUUCAAGGCCAGUGCAAAAAACAUGAAUUUGAUAAUGCUUUCAGGUUAUUUGAAAUGAUGGAACAGAAUGGCUUGACACCUGAUGAGCAAGCGUACAAUGUCCUAACUGAUGCACUAUGCAAGUCUGGAAGAGCUGAAGAAGCUUAUUCAUUUCUUGUCAGGAAGGGAGUCGUCCUCACAAAGGUAACAUAUACAUCUUUAGUUGAUGGUUUUAGCAAGGCAGGCAAUACUGACUUUGCUGCCGUCCUUAUAGAGAAGAUGGUCAAUGAGGGUUGUAAGGCAGAUUUGUACACAUAUAGUGUAUUGUUGCAGGCAUUAUGUAAACAAAAAAAACUGAAUGAAGCUUUGUCUAUACUGGAUCAGAUGACUGUAAGUGGAGUCAAGUGUAACAUUGUUGCUUAUACAAUAAUUAUCAGUGAAAUGAUCAAAGAAGGGAAGCAUGACCAUGCUAAAAGCUUGUUCAAUGAAAUGAUUUCAUCAGGACAUAAGCCUAGUGCAACCACAUAUACUGUAUUCAUUAGCUCGUACUGCAAGAUAGGUCGAAUAGAGGAGGCUGAGCAUCUAAUUGGGGAAAUGGAAAGAGACGGUGUCACACCUGAUGUGGUAACCUAUAAUAUAUUCAUUAAUGGUUGUGGUCAUAUGGGAUAUAUUGAUCGUGCAUUUUCUACUCUGAAGCGCAUGGUGGAUGCAUCAUGUGAGCCAAAUUGCUGGACUUAUUGGCUUUUGCUCAAACAUUUUCUAAAAAUGAGUUUGAUCAAUGCUCACUAUGUAGACACAUCUGGCAUGUGGAACUGGAUUGAACUGAACAUGGUUUGGCAGCUUCUUGAAAGGAUGAUGAAGCAUGGUUUAAAUCCUACAGUAGUGACAUACAGUUCUAUCAUUGCAGGAUUCUGCAAAGCAACACGACUAGAAGAAGCAUGUGUGCUUCUUGAUCAUAUGCUUGGAAAAGAUAUAUCUCCCAAUGAAGAGAUAUACACAAUGCUUAUCAAGUGUUGUUGUGAUAUCAAGCUCUUUGGAAAGGCUGUGUCAUUUGUUACCGACAUGAUAGAAUUUGGGUUUCAGCCUCAGCUUGAGUCCUACCACUACCUUAUUGUAGGCCUCUGUGAUGAGGGGGACUAUGACAGGGCUAAAUCACUGUUCUGUGACUUACUUGGGAUGGACUAUAAUCAUAAUGAAGUUGCAUGGAAAAUUUUGAAUGAUGGUUUGCUCAAAGCUGGCCAUGUGGAUUUUUGUUCACAGUUGCUGGCUGCUAUGGAUAAUAGACACUGUCGGAUUGACUCUGAGUCAUAUUCAAUGUUGACUGAUAGCAUUCGUGAGGCUUCUGGCAGUGUGGUCAGCGAACUCAGAGGAGAAGCUGCCUGACCGAUGUGCAAGUGUCUUUGGAGUUUCGUCAGAAUCAAUGCAGUGUUCCUAUGAUUCCCGAGGAAACAGUGUCCCAACAAUCCUCUUGAUGAUGCAGAGAUGCCUUUAUGAACAUGGAGGUCUUCAGGCAGAAGGUAUCUUCCGAAUAAACGCAGAAAAUAGCCAGGAAGAAUUUGUGAGAGACCAAUUAAAUAAUGGAAUUGUUCCUGAUGGCGUUGAUGUCCACUGUUUGGCAGGUCUAAUCAAAGCCUGGUUCAGAGAAAUGCCGAGGGGGGUACUGGACUCUAUCCCACCUGAACAGGUGAUGCAAUGCCAAUCUGAAGAGGACUGUGCUUGGGUAUCGAAAUGUCUUCCACUAGCUGAAGCAGCUUUGCUUGACUAGGCUGUUAAUCUGAUGGAUGAUGUAGUCCAGGAAGAACAGAUAAACAAGAUGAAUGAUCACAAUAUUGCUAUGGUUUUUGUGCCAAAUACGACUCAGAUGGCAGAUCCUUUGACUGCACUGAUGUAUGCAGUCCAAGUGAUGAAUUUUCUCAAGAUGCUGGUACAAAAGACCCUCAAGGAUAGAGAGGAGUCCACUCCAGAGGAUGUUUUGCUGCCACAGAAGGACCAACAACAACAACAACAACAACAACAACAACAACAACAACAAAGCCUUUUUGUCCCAAGCACGUUGGGGUAGGCUAGAGAUGAAACCCCGUAUGAAAACCUCAGAGCUCAACCCCCAAAGAACAGAAAAGGGAAACAAAGGCAAAGGAGAACCGAAAACAACGAAACGGGGAAACACAUAAAAGAGAUAAAACCCACAAGGACCAGCAAGAUCUAAAAUGGACACAAGAAAAGGUCAAACGAUUAAGGAGGAAAAGCGAAACUAUCAAUCAGGGUUCUGGCACGUGAAUUGCACACUUCCACCCCUUCCUAUCUGCGGCGAGCUCUUUGUCAAUAUUCCACUCCUUCAGGUCUCUCUUCACAGCCUCUGUCCACGUCAAAGUUGGUCGACCUCUACCUCUCUUCACAUUUUCGGGACGCCUAAUUAUUCCGAUAUGCACUGGUGCCUCUUCAGGUCUUCGUUGGAUAUGUCCAAACCAUCUCAAGCGAUGUUGCAUAAGCUUCUCCUCAAUUGGCGCCACUCCUACUCUCUCUCGUAUAUCAUCAUUCCGGACUCGAUCUCUCCUUAUGUGGCCACAUAUCCAGCGCAACAUACGCAUCUCUGCCACACUUAGUUGUUGGACAUGUCGUCUUUUAGUGGGCCAACAUUCUGCUCCAUACAACAUAGCCGGCCGGAUUGCUGUCCUGUAGAAUUUGCCUUUUAGUUUGCGUGGCACCCGGUGGUCGCAUAAGACACCCGCAGCUUGUCGCCACUUCAACCAUCCGGCUUUAAUUCUAUGACUGACAUCCUCAUCGAUGUCUCCCUCCUUUUGAAGCAUUGAUCCUAAGUAACGAAAAGUGUCUUUCAUUUGCCAAGGAAGAGCCCCUUCUGAACAGUCCUGCCCACAGCACUGAUGACAAGUCUAAUGAAAGUAAAACCACUUUAGGAGUCACUGCUGCUUUCGCUGCCCAGGCAACGAGUGUGGACGACUCCACUAGUGGCUUACAACCUUCAGCUGCUAUCACUGAUGCUUCCGGCACGACAGCUACAAAUUAUCUUCAAGGCACGAACUGCUUGCCUUCUUAACAGAAUAAAUUAUUUCAUCCUCUAUAUCUCAUCUUCUUUAAUAUACCAACUUAAUUAACAGAAUAAAUUAUUUCAUCGCCGCACGAACUGCUUGCCUUCUUGUACGGUGCUUCUGCCUCGCGCGCCACAAUUGGGAUAGCGGACACCGAGUGCUAUAGCAUGCGUGCGAGUAGUCCGCUACUUUAGCGGCUCUUUUAGCGUUUGCUGCUGGAGAACGAAAUCGAGGCUGAGAUCGCUAAGUUUAGCGGACAGAAUGGUAUACCGGACGUUGUCGUAUCUAUUCUCUAUAUCCGUCUUUUACAGUCUCCUCUAAAAGAUUUCAUCCUCUAUAUCUCUUUUCUCUCCAACAACGCCCUCUAAAUCACGUCCUCUAUACUCAAAUAUCUAUAUUAGAUAUUAGAGAUAUUCUUUUUUUUAUUUUUUGUACAUACGUAUUUGUCGUACUCUCAAAUGUAUUGUACAUAUUUUAGUUUUGCUAAACCGGUUAUUUAAAGUAUUUAAAUGGAUAGAGAGCCGUUUAGAGAAACUCUAUAUAUAGAGAAUCUAGCAGUGUUCUCUAAAUUUAGAGGACUGUUUAGAGGACGCUGCUGGAGAGCGUAGAUGACUAUUUGAUCCUUUAUAUUUAGGGUAGAGGACCCUUUAAGGUCCCUUGCUGGAGCUAGCCUUAGAGUAAGCCUUAGUUGGAUGGAUGGAUAGUUAGCGGAUAGAAUGGUAUACCGGACGUUGUUAGAGUAAGCAGGGGCGAUUCUAG